CAGCGUCCAGCGCGCAGCAGCACACACAUACAUAUACACACUGACUCACAAAUUUACAGUGAAUAAGACACGGUUGUUCUGCGCUAUAGAGAGACUCUUUCCUCAUCUAUCUGAGGUGGAUGUGAUAUCCGAGAGAGACAUUACAAAGCGUGUAUGAUGGCUGUGUCCGGAUGUCCAGAUUAUUUUCUACACCAUCCAAAUUACCAACAGGAUAAUGUAGACCGAGCUGCCAGUCACAGACAGGCAGAUAUGAUUGGACCAGGUUUUCAGCAGUCAACCAAUCGGAAUUCACCCAGCCAUCAAGAAGAUGACGUGGAUCUGGAAGCUCUGGUGAAUGACAUGAACUCAUCCUUUGAGAGUCUGUACACUUCUUGCAGUGUGCAGACAGAAUCCACUCCACUGCUGCACAACGGCCAGCCGCACCGCUCCGCCACCUAUCAAACACAGGCUCAGCUCACCUCCCCACACCAGAGACUGCACCGGUCCCAGCCCAUGCACAUCCUCGCUGUCAGAAGACUUCAGGAAGAGGAGCAACAGUACCGAACGUCCUCUCUACCUGCCAUCCCCAACCCCUUUCCUGAGCUCUGCAGCCCUGCGAGUUCCCCUACGCUCAGCUCUGGCUCCUUACCUCAGUGUCAGCCCUCAGGCAAAUAUAUCAUAAAAAUCUUCAGCGAGGAUGGGAUGGGAAAGGUGGUGGAGAUCCCAGCCGACAUGACGGCGCGAGACCUGUGCCAGUUUCUUGUCUAUAAAAACCAUUGUGUGGACGAUAACAGUUGGGCGCUUGUGGAGCAUCAUCCAGCCCUGGGACUCGAGAGAUGUUUAGAAGACCAUGAGCUGGUUGUCCAGGUGCAGGCGUCAAUGACCAGUGAGAGUAAAUUUCUCUUCAGGAAGAACUAUGCGAAAUAUGAAUUCUUUAAAAAUCCUUUGAGCUUCUUCCCAGAGCAAAUGGUUGCCUGGUGUCAGGAAACCAAUGGGACCAUCCCCCCAUCUCAGCUCCUGCAGAACGUCUUAAACUCCAGCAGUUGUCCUGAGAUCCAGGGAUAUUUGUAUGUGAAAGAAAUGAGCAGGAAAUCAUGGAAGAAACUGUAUGUGUUUUUAAGACGGUCAGGGUUGUACUUCUCAACAAAAGGAAUGUCAAAG